AGAGCCAAUCACAAAAAUGUGCGGACUAAGGCCACGUGACUGGUGGGCGGUACUUCCAGAGCUCCGGGAUCUCUAUGGUUCUCACUGACUCGCUGGAGGACAUUUGGUCCACUGGAGGACUCCCUACAUUCUUCCUCCAUUACCUCACUGCCUCCGGUGGCUGCUGGGAUAGAGGAGGACUCGGGUCCCGACUCGACUCAGUCCUCCUCCCGCCCCGGGAAUACCUCUAGUUCUCCCCCGGCCGCCGCCGCCGCCCCGCCGCUUCCUCCUCUGCCCUCCCGCCGGCCUCCUUCGGGCGUCCUCACCCGCCUUGGGACUCUGCUUUUUUUCUCGGGAGCCUCCACCCAGGCGCAUGGCUCCAUGAAGCAGGAGGAAGAGAAGGAAGAGCGCGAGAGGUCCCGUCUGCUCCGGCCGCGUCUGGGUCAGGAGAAAAGGUAUUGGAAGAAGGAAUGGAAUUGGAAGAAAGAAGAUUCAUUCCAGAGACAAAAUAGCUUCCCUUUCCUAUUGUAGCUGUUUCUUCUGGGACUAUCAACUUCCUGCUUUUAGGUUCUGCAGCAUUCCAGAUCACGAAUACCAAAUCAGGAUGGGAAAAAGACGUUGCGUUCCUCCCCUUGAGCCCAAGUUGGCAGCAGGCUGUUGUGGGGUCAAGAAGCCCAAAUUGUCUGGAAGUGGAACACACAGUCACGGCAACCAGUCCACAACUGUUCCUGGCUCUAGUUCAGGACCUCUUCAAAACCACCAGCAUGUGGACAGCAGCAGUGGGCGGGAAAAUGUAUCGGACUUAACUCUGGGACCUGGAAACUCUCCUGUCACACGAAUGAACCCUGCAUCUGGAGCCCUGAGCCCUCUCCCCCGGCCCAAUGGAACUGCCAAUGCCACUAAGAACCUGGUGGUGACUGCAGAAAUGUGCUGCUACUGCUUUGAUGUUCUCUACUGUCACCUCUAUGGCUUCCCACAGCCACGACUUCCUAGAUUCACCAAUGACCCCUAUCCUCUCUUUGUGACCUGGAAGACAGGGCGAGACAAGCGGCUUCGGGGCUGCAUUGGGACCUUCUCAGCUAUGAAUCUUCAUUCAGGACUCAGGGAAUACACGUUAACCAGUGCACUUAAGGACAGCCGAUUUCCCCCCCUGACCCGAGAGGAGCUGCCCAAACUUUUCUGUUCUGUCUCCCUCCUUACUAACUUUGAAGAUGCCAGUGAUUACCUGGACUGGGAGGUAGGGGUCCAUGGGAUUCGGAUUGAAUUCAUCAAUGAGAAAGGCAUCAAACGCACCGCCACAUACUUACCUGAGGUUGCUAAGGAACAAGACUGGGAUCAGAUCCAGACAAUAGACUCCUUGCUCAGGAAAGGUGGCUUUAAGGCUCCCAUUACCAGUGAAUUCAGAAAAUCAAUCAAACUCACCAGGUAUCGAAGUGAGAAGGUGACAAUCAGUUAUGCAGAGUAUAUUGCUUCUCGACAGCACUGUUUCCAGAAUGGCGCUCUUCAUGCCCCGCCCCUCUACAAUCAUUACUCCUGACACACGGCUACAUGACCAGUCCCACCCCCCUGUGGCCACCAAUGGCUAUGACAUCAUUGGAGCAGAUGCCUCCUCUUCCUGGUCCAGUUACUUCUAUUACUGCACCAUUUUAUGAUGCUAGCUUCCGUUGCCAAGCCUGCCUCCUGCUGACUGGAGGGUGUGGGGUAAUUUGAAUGCAACAGAAUAUGAGGGGCCCAAGCCUUAUAUCAGCCUUUCCUCAGUCUGGGAUUCUGUUGGAUCAGGGCUCCCCAAUAACCAGUGAGAAUGGCUGUGUGGGUUCAGAAGACCUUUGGUGAUUUCCCACAUGUGUGUUGGCCACAAACUGAAAACUGGAAUUGAUGAUGAUCCAUGGAGGCUUCCUCCCCAACACCCACAGCCCACCAGAUCCGAUUAGGUGUACUCCCCUGGCAGUCUGGGCAACGGAGACCAACAUGAACCACUUUUAGGUUGUUUUAAAUUCCUUUUUUUAAACUUCCAGUUUAUUGUGUACCAAGAGUUGAUCCACAACCUCCACGCUUCAUAAGUGAACACCAUGUUAGGGUUGAGUGUGGGCACCACGAGCCCCUGUGAGUCCUGGACAAGAGACCCAUACCAGGAUCAGAAGUCCUGUGGAUGGCAUUGCUUUGUGCAGUAAGCUGUGAAGGUUCUCAAGCUUACCUGACUCUCGGCUGGACUUUCUGAUACUCUUCCUGCAUUGAGUCUCCUGGUGUUGAACAGAGCUCUGUGGCAUAGCCUGCUGAGGAAUGGAAUGGAGAUGCCCAUAGAGGUCCUAAUGUCAUCAUCAUAAGCAGGUGUGAAAAGAGAGAUCUCUUCCUCACCACCCGGCUACCUCAAUCCUCUUCUGGUAGCAGUGCCUAUGUAGCUGCAUCUAGGUUCUCAGAAGCACAGACAGGU